AUGAAAGCCACACUAAAAGGGCCCCGUGUUAUUAAAGCCGACCACUUUUCUGGAUUUAAGAUAGAUUCUCCAACUCUGCAGCUAAGGCACGAGGAAGAGGAUACGGACUUCAAGCAGCUCCUUACGAGCUUUGCCCACGCCACGCGUGACCCCCCGCACGCCCAGCCCACGCCCGCGGGCCCGGCCGAGGAGGAGCAGCCCCGGCGGCGGGACCACGGACCGGGAGAGCACCACACCGGGAGAGAGGGGAAACACGGCAUUGAGGGAUCGGCCACGCUGUUUUACAUGGUGCACUGCGGGAAAGCCCUCUACAACAACCUCCUGUGGAGGAACUGGUCCGCAGAGGCACUGUCCAAAAUGGUCAUCAUCGGGAACAGCUUCAAAGGCAUCGAGGAGAGAUUAUUGUCGAGAAUACUGGAGAGAGAUUAUUCUUACAUAGCAAAGGUCUUGAAAGGGACAGAGGAAGUGGCACUCCCCACCCACCCUCGGUACCUGGACACCUUUAACGACACCUCCGUCCACUGGUUUCCCUUGCAAAAACUGAAGGACCUCUCCCCUGAGGUCUGGGACUUCAUGGAGGAGCCGACGUACGAGGAAUGCGAGAUCAUCAGAAAGGACAGAGCUGACCAGUGCGGUCCCACUGCUGCGGAGUCCUGA